GUUCAUUCUUUUGAAUGCAGUCGCCAAGUGCGGAGUUCGAACUCAGAGUUAUUCUUAUAAUCUCAGUGUUUGAGAAUUAAAAUUAUUGUUAGAUCAUUGUGUUGGAUUUAUUCUGCAUGUACCACGUACAUACAUACAUACGUUCAUUCACAAUUUACACAAGACGCUCUGGCUUCAUUCAGUUAAAAAAUAAAGGCUAAUUAUAGUGGAUCCACGCAGGAAACCAGGUGUCAUAAAUUAAGAAGAAGAACCACGUGCCUUUACUUCCGCUCUUUUCAGUGUGCCUUUAUUCAUCGCCUUUUUGCUUCUUUAUCAGAAAAAGCAGUUGCUGCCAUAAAGCUUGCCAAAAUGUACCAACGUUUCUUUGAGCGAGGUAUAACGCGUUAUAAUGGACGAUGGUAUUGUUACCCAUGCAAGACCACGUUGCAAACUUUGACAGAGGCGCAACGUCAUUCGGAAGAGGCUCACUCCACUAUCAGCACCCAAACGUCUGAUUUUCUGAAUAAAUUUGUUACAUUGAGGAAUAAGGGAUACAGAAUGUUGUUACAACACAGUAUAGUAAGGGAUACACAGCGAGAUUACUUUUGUAUAUGUUGCCAAUGUUCAAUAUCCUCUUUACAUUAUUUUUAUCAACAUUCAAAAGAAGAAAAUCACCAAAAGUAUAUGAAGAUCAUAUUAAAACGGUCCACAAAUAAGCAACAAAACUCACGCGAUAAAACAAAUAAUAAGCAAAGCAACACUUCCGUUAACGUAGAAAAUUCAACGGAACGUAUAAACAAAUCAAAGACGCAGCCGAUCUGUGAGAACAAAUUAAUAAAAGAUGACACAAACGAUUCUACACAAACGGCAAGUAGAAUUAUUGAAAGUGCGCCUUGUGCACUGAUGCAGGAAGUUAAAACGCAUAAGCAUUUCUUAGAUUCAACGUUUCAAAGCUUCACAGAUUUGAUGCAUCAUUCACCAGACAUCAACCCUCAGAUAUCAGGUUUUUGGGAGAAGUCUAUCGAAUCGUCGAGCAUAAUUCGUCGAAAAUUAUUAAAUCAUGAAAGGGCAAUGCAGGAUAUGCCAGAAGAGUACUUUUGUAAACUUUGUCAAUGUCCCAUACCUUCUUUAGAUCAUUGUCAGCAGCAUUUAAAUGGAAAAAGGCAUAAAUGCAUGAUCGAGUCUAAUGAAAAAGAUAUAAAUACUGUUAUACCAGAAGAUCUUGUAAAUGAACAACAAAAUGUAAAUAACAAUACGACUGAUAAUCAAGAUGUUUCUGUCAAUGCGUUCGAUGGAAACGAUUCAAUCAGAAAUCUUCAAAGCAACUUUAGAACAGAAGAAGAAAGGACAGUUUCUGUUAAGUCUUAUAAUGAAGAUAGCAUUAAUGAUGGUGUUCUACAAAUUAAAAGACGUAUCGAUAUUAUGGCUUAUUGCUGUUUGUGUGAUGCGUUUAUCUAUAAAACUAUUGGAAAUAAUCAUGAAAUAGAUACGCUGCAUAGUGAUGUUUCAUCUAAAUUGAAAAUCUUCAAUCAGGAAGCGGCAUGCAUUAUAAACUUAGAGGAGAAAAAGAAAACUAUUCGGCCGAUACAGUUAAAUAGUAAAAAAUUUGAUGGAACGGCAUGGCCAGAAUACACAGAAACUGCAGCAAAGUAUACUUGUGAUCAUUGUAAUGAAAUAAUCGAAGAGGACGAUAUAAUAAAUCAUGAAAUAACAGUACAUAAAAGUGACAUGACGUCUUCUAUGAAGUACAUUUACGAUUGGUCGUCUACAACUAGAGAUUUUAAUACUACUAUGCAUUAUCCAUUAUUUAGAUGCUCGUUUUGCAACGAGAUAAUACAUGGCAUAUUGUCACUGUCGAAUCAUUUUUUAACACUCAAGCAUAAAGAAAAUAUUAAAUUGUUAACUGACAUUAAAAGACAAGAGGACGAUGGUUGUAAAGAUAUACAAAUUUAUCUUAAGCCUUUUGAAUUUUUAAGUAUAAUCUCUUUUGAGAAGAAUGGUGGAACUGUUGAAAUUAAGGAGCAGCCUGUGAUAUAUAUUAAAAAUCAUUAUACAACUUUUUGUGAAAACACGAUCGAGAACAAACUCAUUUACGUGUGCCUUGCCUGCUCGUAUAAUGCUUGUGAAACUCACAAUAUACUUGAUCAUUUAUGUAAAACGUCGAAACAUUUGAAGCACUUUGAAAAUAUUUUUCUCACAUACAAUUAUAUACAUAAUGUAUCGGUAUCAAAAGAUCUUAGCACAAAUGGAACACAUGAGAUAGAGUCUCAAGUUUCUAAAGAAGAUAUAUCGAUUGAUAAUGGAUUAUUCGUAAAACAUAACAUUAACGAAACACAAGUAAAUGCAGAGCGAUGUCACAAUAAUAGUUCGAUAGCUGCAGCGAAUAUCAGUAACAGAAAUGACGAAUUGUGUCAAAAUGAGAAAAACAAUUCCGGCCUUUUUAUAUCUCUUGAUAUAUUCGAAGAAAUUGAUACAUCAAUAAAAUAUAUUAAUGUACCGCGUAGAGCACAUUUAAUGAAUAAAAAGAGCGUCAAUAAAAUAACAAAAUCGGACCGUUAUAAUAAAGCGUAUAGCACACAAUUUCUCGAGUUCGAGGAAGUUAUGUUCGCUUGCAAUGAAAGAAAGCUGAAGGAGAUGAAAUCGCAUCUACAAUUUUUCGUUCCGCAUCUCGACAAAAUGCUUUGCCUUAUAUGUAACGGAAGUCCACAGUUAUGCAGCGCGCAAGCGAUAUACGAACAUAUAAAUUGUGUAGGACACGUUAGACAAUUUGAAAAACUACAUGAGAACAAGGAACAUCUCGAAUUGUUAAAGGAGCUAGUACAACCUUUACGUGAUUCAAGUGCCAAAUGUUUUGCUUGCAAUAAGAUUUUAAACAAACGUAGAAGUUGUAAGAAUGCAUCUGACAAUGUAGAUUUUAAGAACCAUACACAUUCACCCUUACACAAGAACGCUCGCGAGCAAUUGCUUAACAAGGCUGUGUGCGUAUUGGAAGAAUUCCAAAAUUUGUGGUACGAUAUCCAAUAUUUCGCUUGCGUCGAGUGCGGCAAGAGAUUCAAACGGAAGAUAACAUUUCUGGAACAUCUCGAUACCGCACACAGGAAAGUCUUGAAUAACAAGGAUAAUUCGAUGUUUGAUUUCUGCUUAACGUGCGCCACUUUAUGGUUCAAGAAUGAAAGUUGCACCGAAGACAUCCAUAUGAGUUAUCAAGCGCACUGCCAUCAACAGACUCAUCAAUAUUUGCGGAAAACUAAUGACCUCGCGGUUACAUCGCUACCGCAGUCCUUGCAAAAUUUAUUGAAAAACGUCAACAGAACUGCUGCCGAUCUAUUCAACUUGUCAAUCGGUGUAAAAAACGAUCGAAAAGUGAAUCAACUCACGGAUGCCUUAGAGCACAUCUUCAAGACUCACCGAUUGCCUGUGGAAGUAUGUACGUUUGGUUCAAGAGUCACUGGGCUAGCAUUACCAAAUAGCGACAUCGACGUAUAUCUUAACUUUGGUGACGAACGUACCGAGCCUGAAUUGAUUAAGAGCAGGAGUGAGCAAAUUCAAGAUUGUUUACGUGCCGACCAUGAAAAUUGGGAUAUAGAAUUAACUUUGGACAGGAGCAGGACUCCUCUAAUAAAAGUAAAACAUAGACCAACAAAACUGCAGUGCGAUAUCUCGUUUAUAAAUGGCCUGUCGGUGGAGAAUUCCAAGCUUAUUAAGUCCUUCAAUAGGGCGUAUCCACCGUGCCAAAAAUUGACGCUGUUUCUGAAAAAGUGGCUCUCACUGGGAGGUUUGUCCGGUCCGGACGGAAUAACAAAUUAUGCCCUUGUCUGGUUAGUCAUCUUUUACUUGCAAGUCAAAUUUGCAGCAGUACCGAGUAUUGCUGCAUUAAUCGAAAGCCACAACCAGUCGAAAAUUGUCUCUGGUUGGGAGACCGGAGUCGGCGAUACUAUUCUUAUCAAUUUACCCAAACUAUCGAUACGUGAUUUAUUGGUAGAUUUCUUCGAAUAUUACGGAAGUUUCAAUUAUAUGCACUCCGUCAUAUGUCCAUUACUAGGCAAGACGUGCCCGAAGAAAGCUUUUGUGGAAGUAUCGACAUUACCCAAUUCUAUGGCACCUUACGUUACAAAAUUGCGGAAUGAGAAACCGGAAUAUUUUCGUAUUGAUUCACAUAUGUGUGUGCAAGAUCCGUUCGAUCUCUCUCAUAAUUUAACGAAGGCUGUACCAGUUUUAACACUUAAAUGUUUUAAACAGUAUUGUAAUGAAAGCUUAUCAGUUUUACGUAACGUUACUGCAACUUCGUUAAAGAAAAAAUUUCGUGAGAUGAAAUUGUUUUAAAAUGAAGUAUUAAGAGUAAUCAUAACACAGAUUAAUCAUUUUUAUUAUUUUCGACUGUAUGUUAAUAAUCGUAACAAAGCGAAUGAAACUUAAUGAUACAGCCGUGACAAAAUUGCAAUUUUUUGAUUUUUUAUAUACAAAUAAUGCAUUGAGAUCAUGAUAAAUGCAGUAUAUCAUAUUUUUAAAGGAUCGUAAAUAUUGUAAGAUAACAUUAUAAGAUGACUUUUAAGGAAGCGAUAUUUUUUAAUUACUUAAUGACAAAUUGUGUGCGUCUAUACUCAUCUAUUUUAGUACUUUUUACCUCAUAAUUUUAUUUCUUACAUUUUAACGUGCGUUUACACGAGUAUUUUAUUAUUUCGCUUACAUUUAAUAAUGUAAGAACUAAUACCAGAAUUGCGUUAACAUAAGCUGUAGGCUAAGAAGCUUUUAUCAAUACAAGCAAUUUUUUUUAUAUUUUUCCGAAAAUGAGGGAAAUAUAUCAUGAUCUCUGUUACAUUUUAUUUUACGAAUUAUGAACUAGCUAUAUCGUUAAAUGUAUUACAACGAAAUGUUAUAGGCUGGUAUUCAUAAUCGGUUAUUUCAAUAUCAUCUUAAUAUGACCCUGAUUGUUAUAAUGACAUCUUAAGAGUGUACUUAAGAUGGUUUUAAACAUAAGAACCGGAUUAUGAAUACCAAUUAGUUUUCUGUCGCACUCUAUAAAUUUAUCACAUCAUCAUUGUUAA